AUGUCCAUGCUCGCCGAACCCCGCAGAAAACAAAAGUGGUCGGUGGACCCUCGGAACAGUGCUUGGAGCAAUGAUGACUCCAAGUUCGGACAGAAGAUGCUGGAACGCAUGGGCUGGUCCAAAGGGAAGGGCCUGGGCAGAAGCGAGCAAGGAGAUGUCAACCCUAUCAAAGUCAAAGUGAAAAACGAUAGUUAUGGUCUCGGGACUAAUGGAAGCUAUGAGGAUAACUGGAUCGCACACCAGGAUGAUUUCAACGACCUCCUCGCUCAGCUCAAUGACUGCCACGGUCAAAACGGCAACACUGAAACCAAACCAGAGGAACAGAAAAGCUUCAGCCUGGAAGAAAAAUCCAAGACAUCCAAAAAGCGAGUCCAUUACAUGAAAUUUGCAAAAGGAAAGGACCUCUCCUCCCGAAGCGCAACGGACCUCAACUGUAUCUUCGGCAAGAGAGCAAAAGCUACCGUUCCAGAUUCGGAGCAGGAAAGCAGCACAGAUUCCCACGGCAAUGCGCCCGAGACGCCGACCCCCACAACGGACGAGGCCGCCACCAAGACGGUGACCAGCGCCCUCACCAUGCAGGAGUACUUUGCGCAAAGGAUGGCCCAGCUGAAGACGGCCCGCGGUCAGCCUGAAGAACCCAAAAAGAAGAAAAAGAAGAAGAAAUCAGAAGCAGAUGUAGAAGAAGCAGGUGAGUCUUCAAAAAAGAAGAAACGAGAAAUUGAGGACGCCAUGACUGGAAAUGACUGCGAGGAAAAUGAACCUCAAACGAAGAAGAAGAAGAAGCGAAAAAACAAAAUGGAGGUUGAAACCGAAACACUACUUGAAAAGAAAACCGGCGAGGAGGAGGAGUUGGAGCUUGUGGUGCCUAAGAAAUCCAAAAAACACAAGAAAAAGAAGGAACAGUGA